AUGGCCGCCCCAGGGGACUGGCUGCUGAUCAGGUACGAGGUUCCGGGGCCCGAGAUCUUCCAUGAGCGGGUGGUCACGGGCGUCUCCGAGACGGAGCCGUCGCUGGCGGCCAACUACACCAACGACGGCGACCACUAUGCCGAGGACGCGAGCCAGCAGAAUGACGAUAUCGCCGAGGUGAGGUGGAUAGCUCGGCCUGGAGACACUCCCGCGGGCGUGGACCCGAGACGCGUCUACGGGUUUCCGCCCGACGCUGCCUUGAUGGAGCAGCUCAAGCGGGACGGUGCGCUCAUGGUCGGGGGCCGCGUCGGGCAGGCCGCGGCGGGAGCACCCGGCGCUGGAGCGGGCGCGGCUCGUGGCCCGGGGAUCGCGGGCGCGGUCGGGCGCGCGGGCGCAGCCGCGCCCCCAGACUACCACGGCUACACCAGGGGGCAGCAGCUCCCCGACCCGCUCCCUGACGGGUCGACCAUCGUGGGUGACUGCGCGGUGGUCGAGCUCCCAGCUGGCAAGAUCGUGGCCCGCCUCGUCGCCCGCCGCGACCUGGACAGCUACGUGGUCGACGACCUCAGGGUCAUGCACGUGAAGUUCAACGGCGCGGGGGUGCGGCGGAGGCCUUUCGCCGAGGCGGUCGACAACCAAGACGAGGUCGCCAUCCAGAAGGAGAAGCGCAAGGCGAAGGAGGAGGCCAAGCUCAGGAAGUCCGGCAAGCAUCCCCCAGGUGGCGCCACCCACGAGGCAAGGGGCUUCGGAGUGCGUCCGCCGCAGGUGAAGGCUGCCCCAAGAGCCAACACCAUGUAUACGCGCCGUGAGGCCGCUCGUGAGCUUCUGGCUAUCAACCUCUCGUACACAGGCGAGGAGGCUAAGAGUCCGGUGGUGCGGUAUGACAGAUCUCGAGUAGACAUCCCCAGAGUGGGCUCGUCGGUGCCACGGGUCGAGGCUGUGAUCGACCCCGUCGGGAGGGAGUAUCUGCUGCACUUCGAGGCGCGCAUGCUGCGCUCUGCUGAUGAGUGGGGCAGGAUCGUGGAGACCGAGCCCCCCAUCACCCCUUACAUGGACGAGUACCUGCGGAAGCAUGACGACGCCUACGUGACGUUCGUGGGCGACCUCGUGUCCGCGGGUAUGGUCUCCUUCACCUUCAACCCUAAGGACUUGGUGACGCCGUUCUUUGUCAGCAAGAAGAACGGCCAGCAGCGCUUGGUGCGGGGCGCCCGCAUCCCCAACAGGGUCUGCCUGCAGGACGACGUCGACGAGACUGGCAGCUUCAAGGAGACGCUGUACUGCGCGCAGGCCGACAUCCGCAACUACUUCUACGCACUCGGUCUGAGGGAGGAGCUCGGACUGUUCUUCUCGCUCCCGCCGGUGCCCGAGGCCAUGUUGUCACAGUGGGGGUGCAGCGCGGUCGACUCGCCCCAAGUGGAGCGCGGGGGUUGGGUUUGGCCCUUCCUCUCCGUGGUUCCGAUGGGGUGGAACUGGGCCUUCUGGCUGGGGCAGCGCUGCAACGUCUUUCGAUGCCUGCAGGCUGCCUCGGUGGGUCCUGAGCGCCUGCUCACGGACCAUGGUCCAGUUCCGUCCCUGGGGGCGGGUAGGCCGCGUCUGCUCCCUUAUUGUGAUAACAUAAACGUGGUGGGGACAGACCCGCACCAGUGUGACAAUAUGUUAGACGAUAUAAUUUCCAGUUGGACUUCCUUCGGCGUUGAGAUCCACGAGGUCGUACGAGCCUCGUCCACCUUCUCCAGCUUGGGCCGUCUCGUCGACGGGGUGCAGGGGAUGGUCUUCUCACGCCCAGAGCGUACUGAUAGGUUCAGGCAGGCUUGUCUCUGGCUUGAGCGGAGGCCGAGGGUCACAGGCAAGGAGAUCGAACGUUUCGUCGGACACGUCAUUGAUCACAUCAUGCUUCGGAGAGAGUUGUUAUGCAUCUUGAGGGCACUCUAUGACUUCAUCAGAGAGCAUUACGCAGAGAGGAGACGCCUGUGGCCCUCGGCAGCGGCGGAAGUUGCCCAGUGCCGGUCUUUGCUCAGCGUCAUGUUCAGUAACUUGCGAAUGCCAUGGAGCCCGAUUGUUGUCGCCAGUGACGCGUGCCUUUCCGGGAUGGCCGCGGCAACAACCAACCUCCCUGUCUCCGUCGUCUCGUCCAUCGGGAGAGUGAGUGAGAGGUGGCGGUACCGAGUGCCGACGGCCGUGUCUGCGAGGAAGUCUGCUCUUGCGUCCAGCUUCGGGGAGGGCUCCAACGAGGGCGCGGACGGGGACCCGUGCGAGGCCAUCUUCGGGGAGGGCUCCAACGAGGACACCUACGGGGACCCGCGCGAGGCGAUCGUCAGGGAGGGCUCCGAGGGGCCCCGCGGCUAUGUCAACAUGGAUGUCUUCGGGGAUGUCAACGCUGUCAAGAGCGUCGAGUACCCCCUAGGCUCAGAGGACCCCUGGGAGCUCAAUCCGGACUUCGCCGAGGUCCCACACAGCGUGCUCAGCGAGGAGGCCUGGACCGAAGUGUUCGCGGCCCCAUUCCACGUAUCGGAAAGCAUCACGGUCUUGGAGGGCAGGGCCAGCAACGCGGCCUCUAGGCACAUCCUCGGGUCCACGAGGGCCUUCAACAAGCGGCACCUGAAGCUCGGGGACAAUCUGGGGACCGUCUUGGCGCUGUCUCGGGGCAGGUGCUCAGCCUUUGGCCUGCUCCUGUGCUGCCGCCGAGAGGCAGCCUACUCCGUCGCAGCCAACGUUCGGUUCGAGAAUCGCUGGAUCCCGUCUGAGCUGAACCACUCGGACAAGGGCUCACGCCGGCGGGCGGCGGCCACAGGGACCUUCCAGCUGGUGCCCGCGGGCUCGCAGUCGUUCUUGGAGACCAACGCCGUGGCUCCCGACACCCAGAAGACCUACGCGGAGUGCAUGGUCGAGCUCAGGCAGUUUGUCGCCGUGAACGGGCUCUCGCUCGACACCCCCGCGGCGGCCGACCUGGCGCUGACGAACUACGCCAACUUCGCCUGGGCCGAGGGUCUCGACAAGGGCGCGGUCCAGCGGGUCUACGCGGCGUUCGUCUCGGAGCACCCCGACUUUUCCCGGCGCGGUGGGCUGCGCCUCCCGCGGCUGUCGCGGGCGCUGCAGGGAUGGGAGCGGCUCGACCCAGGAGUCACACGCCCCCCGAUCCCUUGGGUGGUGACUGCUCUGAUUGCCCAGGUCAUGAUCACGACCCUCAAGCAGCCAGCGGCCGCCCUGAUGGUGCUCGCCAUGUUCCUGGCCUACCUGCGCCCCUCCGAGGCGGAAGGCCUUCUGGAGCAGGACCUGGUGCCGCCCACGACGUCGUCGCCUUUCUUCGCCGUGAACCUGCACCCCAGCGACCGCGGCGAGGUGAGCAAGGUCAGGCUGUCCGACGAGUCCCUCCUGCUGGACUCCACGGAGGCGCUGUGGCUAGGGGGCGCGCUCCAGAGCUUGAAGGCGGGGCUGCCCUCUCGGCCGCUCUUCGACCUGACGGCGCUGCAGCUGCGGGACGUCUGGGCCGCCGCGCUCCGCGCCCUGGGCAUCCCCAACAGGUUUGUGCUGUGCCAGCUCCGGCACGGGGGCCCCUCCCACGACCGGCUCCGACGGCAGCGCUCGCUGCCCGAGAUCAAGGAGCGCGGAAGGUGGGCCUCCGACAAGAGCGUCAGGCGCUACGAGGCCCACGCCCUCGUCCAGCAGCAGGAGGCCUCGCUGCCCCCCGCGCUGCUCAGGCGGGCACGGGAGGCGCCGGGCAAGCUCGAAGGGCUGGUGUUGACGAGCCUCGGGCUGCGCGGGCGGCGCAGGCGGCCCGCCGGGAUCCCGCCCUUCGCCGAGCUCACGUGCGGGUCCGCUCACCUCGCGGCCGCCGUCGGCGAGUGCGGGCUUGCUGCCGAGGGCUGGGACUACAUCGACGGGGCUGCGGCCGACCUCGAGGUCCCCGCAGUGAUCGAGGGCUUCCGGCAGCGCAUCCGCCAGCGUCGACUGUGCGGCCUGCACUUCGGCCUGGAUUGCAAGACUUGGUCGAGGGCCAGAAAGAAUGACGGCCUUGGGCCGCCGCCGCUGCGUAGUGACCAGCAUAUUUUUUGCCUGCCUGCUCUCGCUCCCGCCGAUCAGAGGAAGAUAGACAGCGCUAAUGUAAUUUUCAGAAACAUCCUAAGCCUGGUCGAGGAGGCCGUCGCCGCCAACCUUUUCGUGCUGAUUGAAAAUCCUGCCUCGUCCAGGCACUGGAUGACGCCGCAAUUGCUUGAUUUGGCUAAUGCAUACAAGGCAAAGUUCCAUCGUGUGGAUUACUGCCAGUACAACGUGCCGUGCGUCAUGGACACCGAGGGCGAGUACCAGUUCCGAGUGCUCGAGGUGACCAAGGAGGAAUUCCAGGACGUGGCCAUCGAGUACCGAGACUCUCUCAAGGUGCCGUCCGAGUCCGCCAAGGUAUUCGGUUACUGGAACCUUAGCAAGGCGAAGGACCGCGACAGGCUCCGCUACCUGCUCUUCGAACCAGACGCGGCCGCCUUCGCGCUCGCGUCCUUCACGAUGGACGGCCUCGAGCACCUCGACGCGGCGGGCUGCCUGGGAGGGUGGGAGUACGUGCGCCCCGACGGCUGCAUGUUCGGCUGCCAGAGCCCCGACGAGGAGCCCAUGGCCAUGCAGAAACCCCACAUCGUCGUGGGCAACUUCACGCUGAAGCUCCUGGGCGCGCAGUGUCGCCGCGGGGUCGUCAAGCCUCUUGCUGGCAGCAGCGGGGCCGACCCGUGCGGACCUACCGCAGCCGCGGCCAGGCCGGGGCCUGAGGCUGGCAACCUCAUCGUCGGGGCCACGCGACCGCUGGACGGGCCUCGCCUGCCCUGCGAGCCAGGGCGCACGGAGGCGCCGACGACGGGCGCGACGAGGUCGGUGAAUAAGCUGAGCGAGGCCGAGAUGGCGGAGCGCAAGGCGCGGUGGGAGCCUGCGGCUGCUGCUGCGAAGGCGCGCUGGGCCGAGCUGGCCAAGAAAGGCGACUGGGACCUGGUGCUGGAGGCAGUGGGGCUCGCCGGCGAGUGCCCGGGCUACAAGCACCUGGGGAGCGAGGAGCUGCAGGCGCUGGAGGAGAUGAUCAGUCUGCAGGCCGAGGCGUUCUGGGUUAAGGGUUCUGCGCGGACAGUCUUGCGGGGCUUCGAGCCCGACGUCGCAACGACCGGCCUGCCUGCGCGAGGCCCGCCGAUUCGCCUGAAGGGCCCCGAGGCGACCAUCGUCCGCGAGGGGCUCGAGGCUGGCGUCGAGCAGGGCCUGUGCUCGCGCGGGGCCUCGCCUUGGGGCAGCUGGGCCUUCCCGACCAAGGGGCAUGCCAGUGGCCGUCGGCGUCGCACAGUUGCGGGCUACCGCAUGGUCAACCGCACGAUGGUGAUGUUCGUCUACUUCAGUCGCAGGUGCCGCGACGUCAAGGGCGAGCUGGUCGGCUGCGCCUUCAUCUCAGGCGUGGGCGGGGUGCUGCAGCUCGGCCCCGCCGCGGGGCCUUUCGACUUCCAGUUCUGCACCGACGAGCUGUUCACUGGCACUGGCCGUGGGCGCUACGGGUCGGUCUGGAAGAAGUACAUCGACGACUUCUGGGCUAAGACGGGUCAGUGGCUGGGCGGCCGGGCUUACACUGACCGGAAGCACGAGGAGAUGCUGGCAGCAGCAUAUCCGCCGGCGGCGACUUCCAGACCGCUCGGCGGUUCCUCGGCGGCGGCAGGCUUCCCGGCUACGCGCAAGGCCAGCCAGAGCUACGACCACGCUAAGGGCAUGCUCGUGGGCCUGUGCGUGGCACAAUCGGUCUCGGGCGCGGCCGCAGUCGAGAGCGGUGGCAUCGCCCUGGCGAACAGCAUCCGCAUGUGUCUUCGCGCUAGCGUGAGGCUGACCCAGGACAUCCUCGAGGCGGCUGGCGACCUCGUGCAGAGCGUGUCCUGGGACAUCGGCCUGGUCUUCCACGACGUUUGCGAGAUGGUGAUCUUGGUGGUUCGCUUCGCGGUGGUCGUGCAGUGCUGCUACUUCGUCUACCGCAACCGCUUGUGGCUUGCUGGGCUCACGCGGCUGGGGCGAGGCCUCACCGCUGGCGAGGCGGCGCAGCGCGGGCUCUCGCCCUGCGCGCCCGCCUGCGCGGCAGGCGACGGGCCCAUGCCGAUGUCGGAUCCCAUGGCGAGAGCGGCUGCGGUUAGCGGGGGCCCGAGCGGGGCGACUUCGUCCGGGGGCGGGGCGGCGAGCCCAGUGGUCGCGCCGUGGCGGGAGGCGCCUUUCGAGGCGCCCGCCAGCUUGAAACUUGACCGACUCCCCGCCCCGCGCAGAGGUACCUCGGACGCAGAUGCACGCGGCUGUGGCGCUGAGGAGGGCGCGGAUCGGCAGCGAGCCGCUCGCGGGCGCGACCUCGCUGCCGGCGGCGCGGUGGCGUCAGCGCGGCCGGUGGAGGCGGCUCGCGGUGCCCGCCCGUCGGUCGCGGACAAGCUGUGCGAGCUCGAGGUGGAGGUCACUGACAGCCGUGGAGUGCGCUAUGACGCGCGGCUUCGCGCCCGGCGGCUGGCGUCGGCGACGCCCCCGGCGUCGCGCUCGUGCGCGGGCUUCGUCAGCGGCGGCGGCGGCCCCUGCAAGCACGUCAGCGCGGCGUGGAACUGCGCGGUGGACGGCAUCUUCGGCGAGCUGGUGGAGCUGGCGUUGACGGCCGGCCGCCGUGAGGGCGUUGCAGGGGCUUCCCCGCGUCGCGCAGCCCUGGGGUCGAGCGACCCCUUGGGCCCGGCGGGCGCCGCGCGAGAGCUCCAGGACUCGGAAGCGGAGGUUGCCCGCCUGCGCGAAGAGGUCCAGCGGCUGAAGGAGGCGGAGAGCUAUGUGCACGUAGCGUGCUUCAUUUUCGACCAGCCAGGCGCGGUGGCCCACCUGGAGGCUGCGCGGAGCCGCGGGUUGACGGCGCGCCUGGCGUUUAGCGGCCGCGACAAGGGCCCGGCUCGGCUGCGCGCGAAGGCGUUGAUGACGGGGCGCGAGGUGGUGAUCGGAAGCUGCAACUUCACGGCGGCCAGCCUCAACAACGCGGAGUGCAGCGCGGCGGUGCAGCAGCUGUCCGAGGAGGCCAUGCUCGAGGAGAAGGCCUGGUUCGAGCAGCUCUUCGAGGCGGCGGUGCGCGCUUCGCCGACGGCAUCGGGCAGACGCUGCCGCCCUCGCCGGCGCGCUGAGCGCUCGGCAGCAGAGGGCUUGGCUUUUCUGUGCUGCAGUCUCGCCGGGGCCGAGAGGGCCGCGCUGGCCGCAGCUCGGCGACAGAGGGUUCGAGCUUUCCGGCGCUGCAGGCUCGCCGGGGCCGAGAGGGCCGCGCGGGCCGCUGUUCGGCGACCGAUGGUUCGAGUUUCCGGCGCUGCAGGCUCGCCGAGGCCGAGAGGGCCGCGCGGGCCGCAGCUUGGCAACAGAGAGCUCGAGCUUCCGGCGCAGCAGGCUCGCCGAGGCCGACAGGGCCGCGCGGGCUACCGCGCCGCUAAUUCUUAUCAAGGCCAUUUCGGCUUCGUCUACUUGACGUCCUCUGGUCAGCAGAGGCGCAGCAUGGUGGCGCCCGGGGCCAAGCCGCUGCGCCCUCUCAACGGCUCGAUGCCCUGGUUUCCCACCGAGGGCAGCACCGCCACUUCGGCCGCUGGCAGCAGGGCCUCGUCGGUCGGCACUGGCCGCGGCGGCCUUCGACACAGCCUCGCGGGCGCGGUGGGCGACAGGGGCAUCGUGGCCGAGGAGCCAACGCAGCCAGCGCAGCGAGCGGAGCCGGCACGCGAUGCGACGGAGGAGGCGGGGCGGCCUCCACAGCCCGAGCAGGGGCGCCCAGAGGCUGGCGCGGCGGCUGCUGCGUUGGAGGGCCGCCGCGCGGCCGCCUUCCCGACGCUUGACGGCUGCCUCGAGGAGCUGCCAGAGCCGCCCGGGGCCGAGCUGGCGGACCUCGAGUUCGUCUGGCUGCUCCAGGCGCGGCUGGCGGAGCCGCCAGAGGUGUCGCCCCAGGGGCAGGCGCCCAGGGCGCGGAGCUGGGCGCCCGCGCCGGCGACGGGCGUGCCCGACGUGCGGUGCUCCACGUGGGCGGCGCCCGCGCCGGCGCUGCGCAGCGCGGGCGAGGUCCGAGAGCCCGCCGAGGCGGAGCCCGAGGCUCCCGCGCUGCCCGGGCCGCCCGGGCCAACGCCCCCAGAGGCGGAGCCGCGGCCGCCCGCGGCGGCGCCCGGGGCGGCCAGCCCGCGGGACGUUGCCGGGGGACGAGGUGGCGCCGACCCCGUUGCGGAAUUCCUCGCGAGCCUGCCGGAGCGGCCCCGCGCCGAGCUGCCGACCCUCGAGGUCGAGGACCAGCGCGACCAGGAGCCCGCGGACCGCCGCGCCUCCGAGGUCCUCGACGGGGGAAGCGCCGAGGCGGCCGACGAGGCUGGCGAGGACUCUCGCCGUGGGCCCAGCGCGCCCGUGAGCCCAAUCUUCCCGGCGGCGCAGCCCGCUGAGCCGGCCAGCGAGGGGCCCACGCCCACGCCCUUGCCCUCGCCGCUGCUGGGCGCCAUCGCCAAGGCCAAGCCGACGCUGGUCCAGCCCGCCGAGCCGGUUGCGGAGGUGGCGCCCUCGGGCCGGGACUCCGCUUGCGCGGCGGUCCCAGGGCGCCAAGAGCGCAGCUGGAGCUGCGGCGCGAACACGAAGGCCAUCAAGGAGAAGUUCAGCGGCCCCGCGAAGGAGCCGCUGCCAGCUGGCGGGAAGCCUACAGUAAGGCUCCGGGGCUUCCACGAGAUCAUGCAGGAGCGCCGGCAGCGGUCGCAGGCGGGCUCCCAGGCCCGCGACAUCGUCAUCGUGACGUGA